AUGAGAAUCAUUGCACUCUUCGGAUUAUUUUUAAUAUCAGUUGGUACGGGUGGAAUAAAACCGUGCAUUUAUGCAUUUGGUGGCGAUCAAUUUCAAUUACCUCAACAAGAAAAACAACUGCUAUCCUACACUACCAAGUUUUCGUUUUCCACAUAUGCCGGAGCAUUGAUCACAGCAUUUUUGAUGCCCGAAUUGAGACAAAGCGUACACUGCUUUGGCAGAGAUACAUGUUUUCCAUUGGCUUUCGGUGUAACGACCGUUAUAAUGUUAUAUUCCGCAGUGAUAUUCAUAACUGGAAAAACCAUGUACGUGAUGAAAAAACCGGAACGGGACGGAUUAACCAGGACAAUUGGUUGUAUUUUCUAUGCACUGCGAGCAAAGAUAACUUCGAGCGUUCCGUUCAAGGCUCAUUGGUUGGAGUAUGCAAAGGAAAAGUACACCGAAUCUGAGAUAUCAGACGCGAAGUCUAUCUUGGACGUGAUCUGCGUAUUCAUGGCGUAUCCGGUGUUUUGGUCACUUUAUGAAUUACCGGGUUCAAGGUGGACAUUGCAAGCCACGCUGAUGAACGGUCGUGUUGACUUCUUAGACUGGACAAUCAAGCCCGAUCAAAUCCAGAUGCUUGCACCGUUAUUUGGUGUAACUAUACUAGUCCUUUUAGACGACGUUUUUUAUCCAAUGCUUGCGACAAUAGGUAUCCGGAAACCGUUACAAAAGCUCACUUUUUGCGGCGUUCUGGCGGUCAUAGCAUUUGUAAUCGCUGCUCUACUGCAAUUUAAAAUAGUUGGAAAUACCAUUGAAAUAGCACCCGGACAAGGACACAUCAACAUUUACAAUGGCUUUGAUUGCAACGUGUACUUACAGUCAAAGUCAUUACAUGUGCAGGACUACAUCGGCCCGCUCGAAAUGUUCAAUGUUAGCCAUACGGUCGUGUCUCAAGACGUAACUUCUGAAGACAUUGUCGAGAUUACAUUACGUUUUGAAUCAAAGUGCAAUUUUGUUCAGGAAAACUACGAGUUCAAUACCACAGUGACAAUAAUUGAAGGAAAAAUAAAUUCUUAUCACUUAGCUCGAUUGAAUCCGAAUACAAUUGCAUUAAAUCGUGUUGGCAUUUAUGACAGUUUAGUCAAAGAAAAGUUUGGAUACCCUAAUUUUAGAAUUUUAUUCGAUUACACUUUUGAUUUUAUCGAUAAUAUUACAUUAAUCAAGGCUGAUCACAACUCUUUAACAUCAUACUCUCUCUCCUUAUUUAGAUGGAAAGAUUUUAAUUCCAUUAAGGUUGGGAAAUAUAAUAUUUCCUACAAUGGAAAAAUAUUUGCUACACCAACUAUGGACAUAAUACCAGCCACGUUUUAUACACUGACAUUACAACGAAAUGGCGAUAAAAUGGAUGUACGGCUAUUUUCCAAAGACGAAGGAAACUACAUUCACCUAAUGUGGCAACUUCCACAAUAUUUGUUUAUGAGUAUAGCUGAUACCAUAUUCAUAGUCACGGUAGUAAAAUUUGCAUUUACCGAGGCGCCAACAAGCAUGAAGUCAUUCAUAGCCGCUACUAAUUUAUCAACCAUGGCAUUUGGAAAUGUCUUGGUUAUUAUAAUUUCAACGAUGGGCAUUAAAAAUCAAGCCUAUGAAUUUCUACUAUAUUCUGGCCUCAUGCUUGCUGAUACUUUAUUAUUAGCUUAUUUUAGUGUGGUUUAUCGGAGUAAAAAUACCGUCAUCGCUGAUGCAAUAACGCCAAAUGAGAACAAAAUGAAUGAAACAACUGGUUUUGACUGAAUAUUUUUCGUUUUAAUGAAAUUUGGCAAUAUUAACUACCCCGCUCGAAAAAAAUAUUGAUUAAAAAUUGAAUUUGUGCGAUGGUUAUCAUAAAUAUUUACGAA